AUGACAGAUGUUACCUUACUGGAUAUGCCGGAUCUGGUGAUGGAUAAAAUUCUUAAGAAGCUGAAAAUCGCGUAUAUUAUGAGACUCCGAAAAGUGUGUCAUGCCCUUCGUGACUACAUUGACACCAAACCAGAGUAUACCAUACGUCAAAUUAAAAUUGAAGUCCAUCCUUCCCAAAUUCAUACCCGCCUGAAAUUCCAUUCAAAAACGGAAAUCACUUUAAUCUAUCAAAAACAGGGGAAUGAUUGUUUGUACCGUGUUUCAAAUGGAUUGCCCGUCAAAUACUAUUUGUUGAAGAACAAGUAUUUUAUGGAUGUAUUCUUUGGUGAUAUUGUCGAUGCGGUCAAAAAUCAGAAUGUUCCAUUGCACCGUCUUGACAUUUAUGGUACUUAUAUUGAAUGUCUUUUACCUUUUGAUUUCGAGCCCCACGUGAUUGAAGUAAAACCAAACGAUUCUGAAACCAGUUGGACAUGCUCUAUUCUGGAAUUUAUUGGAGGUCUUUGCAAGUCAAAUUCCAGUCAAAAUCCAGUCAAUUCUUCUGAUUUUGAUUCUGAUCCUGAUGCGCCAUGUCCUCUGAAACCAAUUGCCGCUGAAUUCUACACCACCUUUACUAGAAUUCUGAAGUUGAGAGACCGCCCGAUUCAAAUUGAAGAACUGAUUAUUACAAUUAUCAACAAAUCAGACUUUCUAAAUAUGGUUCCAUACAUUGAUAUAAAGAAUCUGGGACGACUCGAUAUCUCAAAAAUGAACUAUAAGAACCUAAUCUACAAUAAAGUCAGAAUGUAUUUCGAUGAACUUGCUGAAUUGGAUGGUUGGGAAGGCAUUCGAAGUCUGAAUUUGAAUAGUUUAUACAUGACUUUGCCGUUUGAACGGUUCUUUCACAUGACGGGUGUCUACUUUCCACGUGAGAAUGUUACCAUCGAGGAAAUCCUGUACUUGAAGGAGGUCAUGCUAACCACUCCACACAUUUCAUACUUCAAUUUUCAAUAUUGGACCAUGGAAGACGCGGAUCGUGUAUACUCUACACUUGGAGUGUUUUGGGCUGGUAUUGAGGAGAAAUGUUGGUAUUAUCGAGUUCCGGAUACUGAUGAAGUCUUAGGUCUCUCUAUCGACAUAUUUCACAUUGUCUCGUUUUCAAGAAUGAGUGCUUCAGAAGUUCCUGAAGGGGUUGUUGUGAUGAAUUGA